AGAUUAAUUCUUAUCUAGAGAUACAGCCAUGAAGGUUGAAGAGCGUAUGUACAUGACCCAUCCUCAAGCUAACCUCUCGGAGUCCCCACUCUACACUGUCAUCGAUAACGAAACAUUUUGUCUGGACUUCACCCUCAGGGCGUAUAUUCACUGUUUCUUCCCUGUCCUUGGCGACCUACCUAACAGAACUUGGGAUAAUGGAUACGAGUAUUGUCUCAACUCUGAUCUUGAAGCUUUUGUCAUCUGCGAUCCUAUCAAACCUCCAGUUUAUAAGGUUCCAUUAUCUAUCAUCCUGGUUCUGUCUCUAUGCUACGGCGCGAUUUCUCUUCUCUCAAUCCUCGGGAAUACCUUCAUUAUCUACGUGAUCGUCAUAUCAAGGAGAAUGCAGACGGUGACAAACAUGUACAUUGCUAACCUUGCUUUUGCUGACGUUAUCCUUGCAGUUUUCUGUAUUCCAUUCCAGUUCCGAGCAGCGUUGGUCCAAAGAUGGGAUCUACCGGAGUUCAUGUGCAAAUUCUGCCCCCUAGUUCAGAUCGUAUCGAGGAACACACACAUCUAUAUAUAUACCUGGACCCUGGUUGCUAUCUGCUUGGAUAGACAUAAAGCCAUCAUCUAUCCUCUAGCUACUAAACAAACAAAGUCAAAUGCAAGGCUCGUCAUACUUGGUAUCUGGCUGAUGGCUAUUCUGACAGCUCUUCCUGUUGGGCCUGCUUACUCAUUUGAGGAGGUUCUUGAUCUUGAGAACGGUGGAAUGAAGCCGUUCUGUGCUGUCCGUGGAAGCAGUAUUGAAAUAAACAAGUUCGGGAAAAAUCUCACAUUUUCCCUUUUCCAGGUGUACUGUACUUUCCUGGUGGUGAUUGAGUACCUAAUACCUUUGGGAAUCUUAACAGCUGCGUACAUUAAUGUAGGACAGAAACUCUGGGGCGCUAAAACACCCGGACAGGCUCAUGUGGUGAGGGACGAUAGGAUUCUUAAAAACAAGAAGAAGGUGAUCAAGAUGUUGAUUACGGUAGUUGUGGUAUUUGCUGUCUGCUGGCUCCCAUACCAAUCAUAUUUCCUCAUCAACAUUAUUCAUCCUCCUGUCAACCAAUGGAAGUACAUCAACAUUCUGUUCUUCUGCUUCCACUGGCUGGCCAUGAGCAACUCCUGCUACAAUCCCUUCAUCUACGGGAUAUUCAGCGAGAAGUUUAAGCGUGAAUAUCGUCUUCGUUUAUCUUGUCUCAACUGCUUUACGAAGAACAACAACGCUAGCCCUGGAGGAUCAGACUUUGACGUUCCAACCGCUAAUAUCAUUCCAAGAGCCCCAGCCACCAGGUACUCUAUCCGAUCCUCUGUAAUUCCUCCUCACAGCGCUACCAUGCUCAGCCUAAAACACACUGAUGGCCGGUCAACACAGUUUAACAGAUCCCCACUUCUCCAAAACCAGAAACGCCACUCACUCCACGAGUCAAGAAUCUGCCAAGUCACAAAGCUAUAAACAGAAUCAGCUGAUUUAUACCUGUAAAGAAGAUCAGCUGAUUAUGAAGGUGGUCAGCUGACCAAAUGCGAGAAUGACGGAACAAAAAAUUAGAAAGAAACUAUUUAAUAAUGUGAAAAUAGAAUUAACUCUGUUUGAGAACUUAACAAAAAGAAAAUAGAAAAGAUGCAUAUGUGAAAGACGUACAUGUUAAACAUUCACAAAGCAUCUUUGUUCUUUAAAAGUGAUCAAAGGCCUAAGAAAACAACUGAAAAAUAUUACAGGGCCAUUUUCUUAUAAAAAGUUCAAAUUAUGAAAAGUAUAUUAAUUCAGAAAUCAAGAGACGAAAAAAAAUUAAGAAACUCAAAUUAGGGCGGAAUUGCGCAGAAUUGUGCGGAAUUGUGCGGAAUUGCGCUGAAUUGCGCGGAAUUGCGCGGAGUAUACAGGGCUCGUAAGUGUGCGCAAGUAAAAUUCACUUGCGUUGGAAACCUUACGCAAAAGUCAGAAAAGGUUGUUAUGAAGUUUCUCUCUAAGUUUGUUAAAUAAAUGUCAUAUUCCGCAAAUGCUGCAUUUUGUCAAACAUUAUUAUAGUUACAAUUAUCUAAUUAUUACAAUUGAGGGUCAUGACAUUAAUAAGAAAUGCCAAGACCGAUUUGAUUUUUAAACAUUUGGUCCUAGUCUACAGACCAAAUAAAAAUAACAUUAUCUUAAUUUCAUAUAAACGUAAUUGUAAAAGGUUAAAAAUGCCAUAUUGUUUUUAGAGUUAAUAUUAAAAAGUAUUUCGAUAACAAAAAAUUUUGACUAAAGUAAAUUAAUGUUUUAUGUCAAAUGUAUGUGACGAAUGUGUCUAUAUAAACAUUGUGUUAAAGUGGAUUUUGUCAUAACUAUUGUGUAAAAAGAAAACAGCAACGCAGUUUGUCUCUUUAUAUAGAAUUUAUCAAGAUAUUUUUAUGAUUCGGAGCUGGGAACUUUUGAUUCGGAGCUGGGAACUUUUGUUUCGGAGCUGGGAACUUUUGUGUUGGAUACUGACAAUCCUCAUCACUUGAUCUCGAUAUCCACUUUGGGCACUUGUAAUUUGAGGAUCUAUAAAAAUUAUACCUUUCCAUAUCUUCUUAGUUAUUCCUCCCAUGAUACAAUUUCCUUCAAUCAUUGACUGGGUCAGUAGGUACGAUAACUAUGCGGGAUAUAGAAUAAAGAUUAAAUUAAUCUGCAGAUUAACAAAAGAUCAAGAUCAAGCAUUGUUAUCGAUAUCCACAAUACGAGAGUUCCCUGCUCAGGUUCCAUUAAAAACUUUAAAUAUUUUUCUUUCUUUUAAUAAACUCCAAAUUUUGAAUAGAAUACAAUAAUUUAAUUACUUUAGAUACUUAAAAAUAUAAUUGUAACUUUAUUUAAAAAAGAAGUACUUCUAAAAAAGAAACUUCUUCAUCUUAAGGUUAAGUAUAUUCUUGAAGUACAAAUACUGUAUAUUCUAUUAUUGGUCUAAAAGUGGUAAAACCAUGAAAGGAGCAUUCAUUUUUAAUUAAUGUUUUAGAAAUAUGUCAAAGACAGAUAAAUUAGUAGAAACGUGAGUGUGACCAAAUGUAAUUUUAUAAAUCAAGUAGAAAUAUUGUAUAAGAAACCCUGGAACUAUAUAUACAUAUGGAAUAAAGAAAAUCUAGUAUUCUAUCCCAAACAAAAUAAACUUUCAUGAACAUGUUCUCUUAAUUUAUUGUAAGGUUUGACACAUCUGAAAAGUGAUGAAAUGUUUUGUUAUCAUGUAGUCUUAUGUAUUAAGUGUAUACAACCUUUUAAAUAAACAUAUUUAGAAGCGAGGAGCCAUUGUACCUGUGUCCUGUAUGUUGAAUUGUGAAAUAUUUAAAAACUGUUAAAUGUGCUAAAUGUUUA